AUGGACUACGCCAAAAUUAGCGAUGCUAAGAAAAGCGUGUCCUCCAAAAGACUGAAAAAUGCGAACACGAUACGACUAUCUUCGAAGCCAUUGAAGAACCGACGAAGAAAAGAUCCCGCAUUUGAUCUUACCAUCGCAACCGAAGAAGUAGUGGAAGCUGUCUUUUCUGGAUCCUCAUAUACCCCGGUCACCUCAAAAGUCGUGGAAGCGCCUUCAUCGCCUACGGACGAAUACGCAAUCCCGUUUCCGCAACGCAAAGCACGGUUUAUCAUUCUAGAUAUGGCUUACGAUGAUGACUGGGUCUUUUCGUUUCCGAUUGGGUCUUGGAGAAGAAUAGUAAUGAACUUAUUCGGCAAUGCCAUUAAGUAUACCGACACUGGAUACAUUCAUGUUUCUUUGCGUUCGAGCAAACUAACAGAGAACACAAACGCCCCCACUGCGAUCACACUCACCAUCACGGAUACCGGCUCAGGUAUGAGCCCUGGGUUUCUUGCAAAUCGGAUAUUCCAUCCGUUCUCCCAGGAAGAUUCCCACGCGCCGGGUACAGGCUUGGGCUUGAGCAUAGUCCGACAGAUCAUCGACACCAACGGUGGCAAGGUUGAGGUCAGCAGUGACCCCCAAGUCGGCACCAAACUCAUCGUCAAACUGGCCCUUACCAGACCCGAAGCUCCUGUCUCGUUGACAGCGGAAAGAGCGCAAUACCUGUCUCACCUACCGAGGCUAAAGGGCCGGAGAAUAUGCAUCCUUCGCAAGAAAAUAGCGGGACCAAGCGAGAAUACUAGCGUCUCAAAAACGGACGAAGGCCUUCUUCGCUUCACCAAUGCGCUAGCCUAUACCCUGGAGACACAGCUCAAGAUGCAAGUUGUGAAGACAACCGAGUGGGAAGGCCACCAUGCAGAUAUCGUCAUCUGCCCUGAACUGUCCUUUGAUUAUCUCGCUACGAUUCGGAAACAAAGAGCUCAUGGUCAACGCGCCCCAGUAACCGUCUUCGUCGGGAUGGAUGCACUCGAGGCUGCUACCCUCCGUUCUGAUGUCCGUGUGACAAAUCGGGAAUCUGUCGUUGAAAUUAUCACCCAACCUUGUGGCCCUUACAAGCUGGCCUAUGUUCUCAAUCGAUGUCUGGACCGCUUUGAUCAUCCAGCCGAAAACUUGCAGUACACUGCCCCAACUAGCCAGUUACUACAGCCAUUGUCGCAAGAGAUUAAGCAGCAUACCUAUCCCUCCUCACCGACCAACUCACUGCAAAGCACCCUUGAGUCUUUGAAUUCGGACGCGUCUGGACCAGUCGCUUCAUCUACAGCCGGAUCCACCACUGCGCAGCCUUCGGUUACGUCGCCUACCGAAGAAGAGGAUCCUGUAAUAUCGCAUACGCUCAUUGUCGACGACAAUUUGUUGAACCGAAGGCUUCUCAUAGCAUACAUGAAGAAGAACGGACUUCAAUUCGAAGAAGCAUCAAAUGGGCAGGAAGCUUUGGACAAGUAUCGGGAAGGGUCGCGAAAAUUUGAUGUCAUACUGAUGGAUAUGUCCAUGCCAGUCAUGGACGGCAUGAGCGCCACACGUGCCAUUCGCGAAUACGAACGAGAUAAUAACAUGCCAAGGUGUUCUAUCGUUGCGCUUACUGGCUUAGUGUCAUCAAGUGCUAAGCUAGAAGCAUGGAGUUCAGGGAUUGACCAUUUCAUGACGAAGCCGGUCAACUUCAAGGCGCUUGGAGAGCUUCUCAAAAACGAUGAGACACGGAGGCAUACGAGAAUGAGAAGUACAGGAAUUAUACGGGAUGCUGCUAAUAUAACCUCUGAAGACGGCCAAGCGACAUGA